GGUGCCGGGGCCACGGGGGACAAAAGGUGUCAGCGGCCGCCCGGGGAGCAGAGGACUUCAGGGUGCGCCCGGAGCCGAGGGUCCUGUGGGAGCAGCGGGGCCGGCCGGCCCCAAAGGGGAGAAGGGCCGGGAAGGAGCUGAGGGCAGGAAGGGAAGCGCGGGACCUCGGGGACCCAAAGGUGCCCUGGGCGAGAUCGGGUGCGACCGGCGAGGUGCCCCGGGGAGACAGGGUGCGAAGGGUGUUCGGGGGCUGCCGGGCUUCCCGGGGGUGCAGGGCGAACGGGGCGAGCGAGGAGCCCGCGGGGACAAGGGCAGGCGAGGGCUGCCUGGGCGCAGGGGAGAGCCCGGGAGCAGAGGAGAAGCCGGCAGCCACGGCAGCCUGGGACCACCGGGGGUGACGGGCCCCAAGGGCUCGCCGGGCGUCCCCCCCUCCACGCUCUGCGAGCUCAAGGCUUUCAUCCGCCAGCGCUGCGCCUCCAGCUCGCCCUCCUGCCCGCUUUUCCCCACGGAGCUGGUGCUGGUGCUGGAGACCUCGUCCACGGUGCCGCCGCCUCUCUUCUCCCGCAUGAAGGAGCUGCUGGCCCUGCUGCUGCGCGACCUCCACGUCUCCCCGGCCGGCUGCCCGGCGGGGGCUCGCGUGGCCGUGCUGUCCUACGCGGCCUCCCCCACCUACCUGCUGCGUUUCGGGGAGGCGCAGAGCGGGGCGGCGCUGCUGGGGCGCCUCCGCCGCCUCUCGCCCACCCGCUCGUCCCAGCGGGGCCGCCUGGCCGCCGCCAUGCGCUUCGUGGGGCACCACACGCUCAAGAGGGUCCGGCGGGCCGUGCUGGGCAGGAAGGUGGCCCUCUUCGUCACCAGCGGCCGGAGCCAGGCCCUGGAGGGCAUCGGGGAGGUCGCCCUGCAGUACGAAGCGCUGGGCAUCGUGCCGGUGGUGCUCACCUUCAGCCCGCUGCCCGAGGUGGCACGAGCUUUCCAGGUGAACAGCCUCUUCCAGGUGCUCCAGCUCUCCGCGGCACAGCCGGACGGGGACGCGGCGCUGCUGCAGCAAACCGUGCUGCCCUGCGCGCUUUGCUUCGACCUCUGCCACCCCGAAAGCUGCACCGCAGCCGUGCCGCCCCACAACCCGCUGCGCCUGGACGCGGACCUGGCCCUGGUGGUGGACAACGCGGCGCUGCCGGCGGAGAGCCUGGAGGCCGUCGGCGAGCUUUUUGGCAACCUCCUGGGGCGCCUGCAGCCGGCACAGCGCGGUGCCCGCAUCGCCCUGGCGCUGACCGGCCCCACCGCCCCCCAAGAGGGCUUGGGGGAGGUCGAUUUGGGGCUGCACAUCCCCAGGGAGCAGCUCCGGGAGCGCCUCCGCCUCGCGCUGGUGCCCAGGGUGGCCGCGGCAUCCCCCGGCGGCGCGGUGGCGUGGGCGCUCCGGCACGUCUUCCCGGGGGGCACCCGCGGCCGCCUCCGCAUCCUCUUCGUGGUGGGGACGGGGGACGAGGCGCUGUGGGACGGGGAGGCGAGGCAGGCGCUGGUCCCCUUCUCCCGGUGCAGGGAUUUUGGUGUUUUGGUGCUGUCCCUGGGUCGGGACGGGACGGAGCGGCCGGAGGCGGCGGUGCCGGAGGCGCUGGCGGCGUGGCGGCACCACUCGCUGCGCCUGGGCUCGGUCCACGGCCCCGAGCUGGGGUACGCGGAGAGGACGGCGCUGGGCUUCCUCCGGAGCCUGUGGGCGGAGAGCAGCCAGCACCCCGGCACCCCAGGGUGCCCCCAGGUGCCGUCUCCCUCCGGUGCCAGCACCACUGAACCCUCCCCGGGGACCCCAGAGCAGACCCCCGAGACCCCCUCCGCGCCCCCCGUCGAGCUGCCCACAGCAUCCCCCAGCCCCGGGAAGGGCCGGAGGGCGGCGGCCGUGCCCGGGCUGUGCGCCCUGGACAAGGACCCCGGCACCGCCUGCGCCGACUUCUCGCUGCGGUGGUACCACCGGCGGGACACGGGGGCCUGCGAGCGCUUCUGGUACGGCGGCUGCGGGGGCAACGCCAACCGUUUCGGCACCGAGAGGGACUGCGUCCACACCUGCGUGGGCACCGGUCCCCGUGGAGCCGGCGAGGGCAACGCGACGCGGGCCGCCUGCCUGGAGGCGCGGGACGCGGGGCCGUGCCGCUCCUACUCGCCCAAGUGGUUCUUCGAGGAGCCCGGGCGCUGCUCGCUCUUCUGGUACGGGGGCUGCGGGGGCAGCCGCAACCGCUUCGAGAGCCGGGAGCAGUGCGAGGCCGUCUGCAUGGCCCCGGGCACGGGGGGCACCCGGGACCCCCGCCCCGCCAACGCCUCCGCCUGCGCCCCCGGCUGCUGACGCCCGCGUCGGGGUGCCCCAAAAACCAUCCCCUGGAGCCGCUGCCUCCUCUCCUCGCCUCCCCCAGCCUCCGUGGGCUGGAAGGAGGAGGACUUUUGAGUUCUUGCACCUCGCCCUCGGCCGUGCCGAGUUGCUGACAGCUCCGGCACGGCGAGGGGGUGCUGAGCCGGCGGCGGGGGCGCUGAGCCCUUGCACAACUCCACGCACCCUCUGCCCGCUCCGUGUGGGAGC